CUGCAGCCGCUCUUUCCCUUUGCUCUCAAGCAGAGUCCGGGGGGGUGAACGCCUGUUUGAAGCUCUUCCCCCCCCUGGGCUCAGGGUUUCUGUGGAUCCGAGUGCGCUGACACUUUUCACAUGCGUGAUAUGAGAGUGUGAUCAAAGCAAGCUCAUUCUGCCUGACCGAUUUCUACAGGAUUACGGAUUAGGGAGCCGGGGAGCUGGGAAGUCGGGAGAGACAUGGAUGCAAUCCAGAAGAGACAAAAAAGGGAUCGCGAGAGGUCAUGGAGAAUAAAAAGGUCAGCUGGUCCUCACAGGCAAUACUAGAGACACAAGGCUUUCUGUUGUUGGCGAAUUAACUCACAAGAAAGGCAGCGGGACAAAUUUUAUCCAGAGGAUCAAGAACAACGGGCCAAGUAUCACGCCAAGGUGGACGACUGCAGAAUCCAAACAAGGGCAUCGCACUCCAAGAGCCAUGUGGGAGGACAGUAAAUGGGAUUUGUUAUUUGCAUGUGUCAAGUCCAAAUACUUUCUCUGCUGACGUCCUGUGAACUUCUCCCAACCUUCUGUCAGAGCUUUUCCUCAGGGGGAGUCCCUGCUAUGAACCCCAGCUCCAUCGGCUUCAGCAGGCAGUCCAAGCUCAGUGCACGGCACUGUGUGGGCAUCCCACAGGUCUGGGUUCUGCCCACACAGAACUCUCAGACUGCCCCAGACAAAAAAAAAAAAACAGAACAAAAUCCUCCCGAGUCACUCCUCCAUGCGGUGACUUUACCGUCUAGGUGUAAAAUCGAUCUGUUGCCAAGUUUCGCAAACUCCGACUCUUCCACCACCGCUGUUUGACUCACCGCUUCAUUUUUAGUUAGCUCCCCCAUCCAGCAGCAGCACGAGUUCCUUCGUGUUUACCACGUGGUGGAGGACCAUGGGAUGCCGUCAGAGCUCGGAGGAAAAGGAAGCGGCGCGGCGGUCGAGGCGAAUCGACCGCCACCUGCGCUCGGAAAGCCAGCGGCAGCGGCGUGAGAUCAAGUUGCUGCUGCUGGGCACCAGCAACUCGGGCAAGAGCACCAUCGUCAAGCAGAUGAAGAUCAUCCACAGCGGUGGCUUCAACCUGGAGGCCUGCAAGGAGUACAAGCCUCUCAUCCUGUACAACGCCAUCGACUCGCUCACCCGCAUCAUCCGUGCCCUCACCAGCCUCAAGAUCGACUUUCACAACCCGGACCGCGCCUACGACGCCGUGCAGCUCUUUGCGCUCACGGGUCCGGCGGAGAGCAAGGGGGAGAUCACUCCAGAGCUGCUGGGGGUCAUGAAGCGUCUGUGGGCGGACGGAGGGGUCCAGGAAUGCUUCCUGCGCUCCAACGAGUACCACUUAGAGGACAACACGGCCUACUACCUGAACGACCUGGACCGCAUCUCUGCAGUCGAGUACAUCCCCACCGUAGAGGACAUCCUGCGCUCCCGCGACAUGACCACAGGCAUCGUGGAGAACAAGUUCACCUUCAAGGAGCUCACCUUCAAGAUGGUGGACGUGGGCGGGCAGCGCUCAGAGAGGAAGAAGUGGAUUCACUGUUUCGAGGGCGUGACUGCAAUUAUUUUCUGUGUUGAACUCAGUGGCUAUGACCUCAAACUCUACGAGGACAACCAGACGAGCCGCAUGGCCGAGAGCUUGCGUCUGUUCGACUCCAUCUGCAACAACAACUGGUUCACCAACACAUCGCUCAUCCUCUUCCUCAACAAGAAGGACUUGCUGGCCGAGAAGAUAAAACGCAUCCCUUUGACAGUGUGCUUCCCCGACUACAAAGGCCAAAACACCUACGAGGAGGCGGCCGUCUAUGUGCAGCGGCAGUUCGAGGACCUCAACCGCAACAAGGAGACCAAGGAGAUCUACUCGCACUUCACCUGUGCCACUGACACCAGCAACAUCCAGUUUGUAUUCGACGCAGUCACGGACGUGAUCAUCCAGAACAAUCUCAAGUACAUCGGGCUAUGCUAGGACCUGACACCAGGUGGGAGUCGAGGUUGGGUCAGAGUUGUGGGAACAGCGGGACGGAUUGGCAGCGGGACGGCUUGGCAGUGUUUCGGCCCCGCCGUCAGGCUGCAUGUUAGUCUGUCUGCCUGAUCUCUUCGCAGCAGAGAACUGAAAAAGGAGAUGAGGUAGCAAGGUGGCCAGGGACGGUCGAUACUGUAGAUUCAACCAUUUUGAUUGAAACGUCAGAGCUGAUGGGUCGAGAUGGGAAGUUUUACCCUAUGUGUUUGCACUGAAUAUGAGUAUGCAGAGACACACACACACACACACAUCCUUAUUGUUUGUUCACACGCGGGAUCUUUGGCUCAACUUUCGAGCUCUUGUUUGAUGAGGUGACGCUGGAAAUUCAAGACACCCCACCACCACCCCACCCGCCUGUCAAACCUGAGACUGAGCAGAAGGUCUGUGAUGGCAGUUUUCUUUACUUUUAUCUUCUUAACAUCAUCCACUGAAGUCAAUAAAUGCUGCUUUAUGGAGGGAAAAAAUUAGGCAAAUCAAACGUGUGUUUUGGAUUUUCGCCCAAACGACAUGAAACAGAUGAUUUGUAGAGAUCGUUUCAAGUAGAGCCGAUACAAUGUUACAGGGUUUCUGCCCAAAAUAUAAAACAAUUUUAAAAAAGAAAACUGCCACAGUCUCAAAGUAAAAUACAUUUUCAGCACACUAUUUCUGUUCUUCUCUUCUGGUUGUCCCUCUAAACUGUCCCCCACCCCCACUUUGUGGAUUUUAUUUUGAAAAAACUGAGAAAAAAACUGCUCCUUUCUUAACAGAUUUGACUUUUAAUACCAAGAGUAUAUUACGAUCAGCAGAGUUCAAAGUAUUUACGAUCAUUCCAGCAGGAGACGACAAAAACAGUGCCAAGAUUAGUUUUUGUAAAUAAAACCCCGAUCAAUUCGUUA